AUGCCUCCGCGAAAGAGGGCAAAGGCCAGUGCGGCCUCUACGCCGCUCGCCGAGAUGCAGCCCAAGACACCGCAGGACCCAGGCGCGGCUUCACAAUCGCAGGAUCACGACCUGCUCCAUGACCCUUGGGCCGAUGACCAGGAGACGCAGCUGUUCAAGAGCAUGAUGAAGUGGAAGCCCACGGGCAUACACAAGCACUUCCGCAUGAUCUCAAUACACAAUGAUAUGCGCUCGCACGGAUUCGCGACAGACGAUGCCCCGCACACGCGCAUACCCGGUAUCUGGCGCAAGCUACACCAGCUAUACGACCUCCGGGCCCUCGACGAGCGCGAGAAUGCGUACGCGUUCAGCGAAGACCCCGAUCCGCUAGACCGUGGUGAGGCUGUCAACAUGCCCGAGUUCGAGCUACCGGAAGACGAAUUCGGCGAGAUGAUGUGGCAAAGACGUUUCCACGGCCCUGAAUCCGUGGCAGCUUCGUCCCCACCAACGAUGCCCACCGAGGACGACAGGGCGCUAUAUCAGCCGGGCCUUGGUCUGCUGAAGGAUCUACCAGAUGGGGUGAGAUCACAGAAAGCGGAAAGCGUGAAGGAGGCCACCCCGACGCCGAAGAACACAAAAAACACGCGGGCGAGCCGCGCCGCUACGAAGAGCGGAAAGGGGACCAAAGGACAGGCUGCUAGGAAUGCAAAGGCGCAAUCAGCAGUAUCAGAUUCUGCAGAGGAAGAAGAGGAAGAGGAAGAGGAGGGAGAAUCUAGCGCGGAGUCGGAAGAAGAUCCUGCACCAACCACGAGGAGGACGAACCGGAGCGGAGGAAGAACGCGGCCGGCACCAAAACGGACAAGGAAGAGAUGA